AAUCCAAAAUUCCUAUUUCCAACUAAAACGAUGAAGGCACCACAAUUCAUUUGCCUGCUCCUCUGUUUCCAGCAAUUGGCUUUCUUUCCAAUUGUUAGUAGUGCAAACCAGGGUGACAACCUUAGCAAGUUGAUCAAGUCCAGGAAAUCUGAAAACCCUCCGAAUGCGGAGACACGGGUUGCGAUAGAGUUCGCAAGCAAAGAGUACUCUCCCGUGUAUCUAGGGAAUCAAUCAGGAUCGAUGGACGCUGAUAAGAUCGAUGCUCUACCGGGACAACCCGAGGGAGUGGACUUUAAUCAGUAUGCAGGCUACGUCACGGUGGAUCCAGCGGCUGGAAGAGCACUUUUCUAUUACUUUGUCGAGUCUCCGAAAAACUCUGAUACCAAUCCUCUUGUCCUGUGGCUCAAUGGAGGCCCAGGAUGCUCAUCCCUUGGAUAUGGAGCCAUGGAAGAACUGGGACCCUUCAGAGUCAACAGCGAUGGAAAAACACUCUUCAGAAAUGAAUACGCCUGGAACGAUGUGGCAAACGUGAUAUUCCUAGAAUCCCCAGCAGGAGUGGGAUUUUCAUAUUCCAACACAUCCUCCGAUUACACUACGGUCGGUGACAAGAGGACGGCCGAAGACUCGUACACCUUUCUCGUAAAUUGGCUCGAGAGGUUUCCUCAGUACAAAAGCCGAGAUUUCUACAUUGCCGGAGAGAGUUACGGUGGACAUUACGUGCCUCAACUUGCUGACACCAUCCUCUCAAAGAACAAGAUCACAAAUCAAACCGUCAUUAACCUCAAAGGAAUUGCCAUUGGGAAUGCUUGGAUAGAUGAUAACACCAGUAACCAGGGGAUCUACGACUACUACUGGACGCACGCCUUGAACUCCGAUGAAACCCAUGCCGGUAUAACCGAGAAUUGCGACUAUGUUAAUGGUAAUUUUACAAGCCAGUGCUAUCAAUAUCAAGACCAAGGAGAUGCAGAGGUUGGAGAUAUUGAUAUUUACAACAUUUAUUACCCGCUUUGCGACCCUUCUGCGCCGAAACCACCUCCCGUUGGCUCUGUCAACGACUUCGAUCCCUGCUCCGACUACUAUGUGGCAUCCUACCUAAAUUUACCAGAAGUGCAGAAAGCUCUUCACACCAUCAAUACAACUUGGUCAGCUUGCAGGUAUAUUUUCUUUUUUGAUACCCGGGGAUGCUGCCAAGCCAAGCACCCUCCUGCCAAGCAAGUGCCGGUCCGUUCAUCUCGGCACGGAUGGCUUCACUUGUGCUUCGUUGAUGAUAAUGAAUUCCACGUGAUUUUGUAUGCAGUGAUGUCCUUGGAUGGACGGAUAGCCCAUCAACGAUUCUACCAACAAUCAAGCAGCUGAUAGACAGCGGCCUUAGAUUAUGGGUAUAUAGGUUGGAGGGUAUGUGGUAGGGUACAAGGGAUUGGUGCUAACUACAGUGAGGGGAGCUGGGCAUACAGUUCCCAGCUAUCAACCACAGAGAGCUCUAAACAUGAUUUCAUCUUUCCUUCAAGGCACACUUCCUCCUCCUUACUAAAAAACAGUAAUUUUACUACUUUGAUUUGUUAUCUUUUCGAACCAAUAUUUUUUGCACUAUUGUAUCCAAAACCCGAUGCUUGGCCUCUGAAGUGUGUGAAAGAGAAGAGGAAAAUGUAAUCAAAGUACGUACGUUUGAAAUUAAAGCAAUGCUGUCUCUGUUAUUGUUUUA